UUUGACCCACUGGUGGCAGUUUUGAAAAUGGCGGCCAGUCAAAUUUGUUUUCAUCCUCCUUCGGUCGUUUUGACUGCCGUUUUUAUAAGUAUUUCAAGCCACAAACUGACAUAAAACUCUCCGAAUUACGCGUUGAUAUCUGAAACAUGUCUGAAAGUUUUGUUGAGCCGCAGGACGUCCCGAUAGCGGAGUUGAAAGAGCGGGUUCGACAAGCGGAGCGUCAGCGGCAGUCCUUGGCUCCUGUCCCCGCCUCCGUGUUGGCAGUCUAUCGGUACCUGCUGGGCGCAGAUUUUGAGGGUGAGACGGGAGAGGACCCGGGUGAGGCUCAGGACGUGUUUGACGUUGUCGUAACCGACGGACUUCACAAGAUCAAAUGUCUGCUGAGUCCCAAACUCAACCACCUGGUCCACAGGAACGAGCUGUGUGCAGGGUGCCAGGUGACCUUACAUGACCUGACCCUGCGGUAUAACGAGGGCGACGUGGCGGGGGACAGCUUCAUCAUCAUCAAGGACGUCAAGUUUCGAACGGGAACCUUCAGCUCAGAUGACCCAGGGGCCAUUCCUGAUUGGUCGAAUGCGUUGCCCCCGGAGACAGGCCACCGCCCGCUCACCAGUCGCUGGGGCCACUACCUGCCCCUGUGGAACAACGAGGACCCCUAUGGGGAGCAGUGGGAACAGCAGGAAGGUGAAGAAGACGAGAACCAUGAUCCAUACGCAGACAUUGAUCGUAUCGAGCUGAACAGACUGGCGUCAAAGUACAAGAACAUGAGCCGCCCAUACCCGGCUGUGGUCGGCAGAGUCCUGGCACGAGCCAGGGUCCACCACUACGGAAAACCCGGCAAGGACAAGGAAAAGUGGACAUAUCAGGGCUAUAUUGAGCUGGGAGACUCAUCAGGCACAGCCUCCAUGGUGCUAUGGGGUUCCACAGUACCUGCCCUGUACAACCAACUGGAGGUUGGUGCGGCGGUGAGAGUAGAGAACUACACCGUUCGCCACAGUUUCACCCUCCGCUCUCGCCCUGCGCUCCACAACAACCAGCUUCCCUGCCUCAACAUCGAACUCAACAUCAACUCCCGCAAGCCCGCCGCCGUGGUGACCGUCGUCCCCCGCGAACAUGUGGACCCUGAGUGGGAGCUUCCCGACAUCAAGUACAACUUUGUGAGGAGCGCGGAGUUAGCGGGGACGGAGGAUCAGGCGAUCGUGGAUGUGCUCGGUCUGAGUACGUUUGUGGGCAGAUGGGAGAGGCUCCGUCGACCGAAUUGCCCACAGUUCUGGCAGGCACGCUGGGUCCACCUCAAGGAUGAGACCAGCGCAGAACCCAUGGUUCUACAGCUGUUCGCCACAUCACAACCCGGUAUCCACGACAACAUCACCGCUGGACACAUCGUGGUCGCCACGCACAUGAGAGUCAUGCACAGCACUGUGGGAAGGGAGAAGAAGAAGUUUGUCUACCUGACGACCACCAGGGAGAGUCAGGUGUACACUACAGGGUUCCAUGGUUACCAUGGAUACCGUUCUGAACAAGCCCUACACGACCUUGCUGAUUGGCUGCAGAGUGGGAAGGCCAGGCAGUGUGCCCUGAGUGCUGUGAUUGGUGGUUGCUAUGGUUACCCACCACUCCCACCAACCCUGGAGGAGUACAAGGCCGGACUAGGGGAAGAGAAAGAUGUCAAGGUGACCCCAUUACAUCACCUGCCCCUGGAGUUGUCCUCCCUGCACUACUGUGAGGGGAAGAGGCUGGUUGUCCAGGGAACCAUCGCCAUGGUAACCUACGUGCCACACCCAGCAGAUAUAACAAACAGGUACAAUCAUAACAAUAGACGAGAAAGACAGAAUAACAGAGGACAGCGACCAAAUAAUACAGAACAAUUACAGAACAACAGAGAACAGUUGCAGAAUGAGAGAAUAGUGCAAAAUGGAGCCCAGACAGCCUCUACCAGUGCCAAACUAGUCCCCUCUACCAGUCAGGACCUUUCCUCGUCAGAGGAGGACAUCUUUAGCCCCAUUUCCACCAGGCUCAGGUCAAGGUCGCAGGAAAGGUCACCAGAGAUGCCGGCCGCAGGUGGACCCUUGACUCGUGCAAGGUCAAAGGAUCUGGACUGGCGGCCGGUCAGCCUUCUGAAAAGGCCUGGUAGAAAAGAUAUGAGAAAAGCGGUACGAGUGUUCGAGGAACCAGAGGAGUCAGAGGACACUGGUCCCCAGAGGAAGGUGAAGAGAAAACGAGCGAGGCCUGCCCGUGGUCGGACGCUCGGGGGAAAGGGGCCGUCCGGACACCAGGAGUCCGCAGCAGGGCCAUCAGACGGGGAGAUGGACAUCGACAUUGAACUGGAGCCACAGAAGGAAAAUGCAGAUCAAGCUCUGACUGUCGAUGUGACCCAGUUGCCACCCAGCCUACCACGCCUAACAACAGGGCGGCUCCACCCACUGACCACGCCCCGUGUCUGGCAGCCCAAACACUCGGACCUGUCCAGGGAGGCACUACGCCUACAACCCUCCGAACUCACUCCCAACAGACAACACAACUCAAAAGUAGAAGACAUGCCUGUUCCUAACGAUGAGAGCUAUUACAUCAUCACCCUCCUGGGGUUAAACAACGACCUUGCCGUGGAGGUACUGUUCUUCCCCGUCAGCUUUCGCACCCACCGGACAGCAUACAGCCAUGACCACGACGGGUCGUUCCUCGCCAUGUUGGAUCACGGCGGGGUGGCCAAGGACACAGAGGUCGCUGACCUGGGACUUCCCUCGCGGGAAGAGUUGUCAGAUGUCCGUUUGGUUUGCGUUCUGGACUGUUUUUCUCACGGAGGGGACAAUGUGGAACUGGUGCUGAACAGGGCCUACAGGGUCAGGUGAUGACCUUGUACAAGGGCAGCCAUUCCGUGACCUUGUUGUGGACAUUCCUGUUGUUACAACAAUGUACAUUCUAGGACAACAAAAGAUGACAUGACAUGAAACAGAUGACAGCAGCAUCCCAGGAUAUUCAAUCACAAUCACUGCUAACACCGCAGGAUAGCAGAUCAUCCAAUCAGGGCAGUUGUAACACCAAGUCUUGGGACAGUUUGGGUUGACCAAUCAGUGCCUUGAGAUGAAGACAGUGUUAUAACAUGGCCAAUCAAAUUAAAGUUCUGGCUGUUGGUAUGGUUACUUUAGAUGUUCCCACAAUUCCCAAAAUGUACCCAAAUUCUUAUUGGGUCAGCUAUAAUUCAAUAAAUGAUUUGCUUUAUUUCAGGCACAUUGGCCCAUAACAACAUAAGAUGUUUACUCAUAUAAUUUAACAAAACAUAUAACAAUUUAUAUACAUUUCUGAAAAAUGUUCCUGUAGAAGUAAACUUAACAUGUAUUUUAGCUCAAUUUUGUAAAGGCUUCUGGUUUUAUUAGUCCUAACAAUGUUUUAUGUCUUAACUUAUGCCUAAGUUUGCAAAAGAUACACGUAUGUUAACUAUAUGCUGAGUUACAUGAACAGUAAAAACAGUGUUUUUAGAGUCAUCAUACUACAAAUAGAGGAAACCAUACAGAUUUAUGUUGUAAGAAUCACGACAUUUUUACGUAUUACGUACAAUGGAUGUAUUUUAGACUCGUACAAAGUACCACAGAGGUACUAGUAUUCUGUUGAUGAGAGAAAAAUUACAAAUAAACAUCCAUCUUUGUGU